AUAGCCGUAACGAUAGCAAACGCUCACAGCGACCGAGCACAUCAAAUAAGCCCCAGAACCCACUAUCUUUGAGCUCAAAGAGCAAGACGAUACAGAAGGGACACAAGAAGCGUCCCCAUAUACUUAGCGUACAGCACUUCAAUAACGCCCAGCUAAGGAAGAUCAAAUUGGCCUUCCAGCAGCAGCAAUCUAGAGGAUACGCUGCAGAUUUUGCAACUUUCCAAGGUUACUACUCUUUCAAGCAGCGCGUAGAUCAACUCAAUUUGGGACAAAAUAUACCGCCCUCAACACGUACACGAAAGUCUACUGAACCAUGGCUAGAUACCAAGCAACUUCGCAGCGAUACCUCCUUCAAAUCUGCCAUACCGAAGGUGUACCAACUUUCGGAAGUUGAACUCGCGAAACUUUCUUUGGGACCUAAACCAGAAUUACCAACUGAAUUGACAGCAGAUGAACAAUCAGAGUUUAAGAAUGUAAUGUCUCUAUCUGGGAAAAUCAGUAAAUGUGGUAGACAAACGAUGAUGUCAAAUGACCUCAAGACACUAAUGCCGAGGCAAUGGCUUAACGAUGAAGUUAUAAACUUCUACGCUGAAAUGUUAAGACAGAGCCAGAGCAGACAGAUUGAAGAUUGGGAGAAGCAUGACAAAAAAGACAAAAAACCAUUCGACGCUUACAUACAUUCAACUUUUCUCUUUUCUACGCUAGAAUCCUCUGGUUAUGACAAAGCGAAACUAGGUCGAUGGGUUAAGAAAGUUGACCUUUUUGGAAAGGACAUCAUUAUUUUUCCUAUCAACCGCGGUCAAUCACAUUGGGUUUGUGGUGCCAUCAACAUGCGUAAGAAGAGGUUUGAAAUGUAUGACUCUAUGGGAGGUGGUACUAAAUAUGUCUAUCAGAAAAUGCGAGAAUACAUAAACAGAGAACACGAAACCAAGAAAGGAAAGCCUUUUGACUUCGACGGUUGGAUAGACUUCUGGUCAGAGAACACGCCAACACAAGAUAAUGGCUUCGAUUGCGGUGUUUUCACUUGUUGUUUUAUGGAUGCCCUGAGUAAAGGCAAGGAUGUCGAUGAUGACGCUUUUGAGUUCAGCCAAAAGCAUAUGAAAUACCUCCGUAAACGGUUGGUUCUCGAUAUAGCAAUGUCAUCGACCUAGUUCUGUGUAUACAUAUAAUUUAUUCGAUAGAUGUGUCGACAACUGAUAAGACUGCC